AUGCUCUCCGCCGGGACCGGAGCAGAAAGACACGCCAAAAAAGCACUGAUCUCGGACCAGUGCUGUCAUUAACUGAGUGAUCUAUACAGGCGCAAACAUGCCUGCAUUCCGCUGUCGGGGAAAGCGAAGAAAAUAACGACGCACGGCUGAUCUGUCUUCAAUAUUCAUAUAUGUUCCACAUGAGGGAAGUUAAGAUUGGAGAAAGCAUUUGUGUAUUCGUAUUGCUUUUUUCCGGGCUUGUGACGUGCUCAGGUGUUUUUGGAAGCCCUUUGACAGAUGAUGUGGCAACCCUGGGGACUUUGAGUGAGAACAUCCCCAAUGAUUACAGGAUUCCUCUCAAUUUCAUCUCCAAAGACGUGGGUGGAGCUUGCUGGCUACAUCUUAAUCUGUAUCCAGUUGAAAGCAGUUUAAAAGCAUUAGCCUUCAAGUUUGGCAACCUAUCCACCAACAGAGCAAACACCACCAUUUUUAUUACAAUGCUGCAGGGCUUUCGCUUUACCCUGGAUAAUGAGGAGCUGGAGGUAACAAUGCAAACGUUUAAGUGUCACUACAGACGAGUAAAGUGGCCAACUAGACGAUACUUUGCCCAUGUUAAAGAGGUUCUUACUGCAGCUGGAUCAACGCUUGGCGAGAUUCAUCACUGCACUCCUCCACCUUGUCGGACGCCCGUAGCCCCUCCUUUCACACCUGGCAAACGCAAACAGCAGGAUGGCAUUAAUGGAGCGAUUCACGGGCUCCUGACACUACUCAUCAUCCCCAGUAUGGUGGCUCUGGUUCUGAUCAUCAGAAUGGUAUUCAGAAGAAGCUGUUGCUCACAAAGAAGGCCUGAAAUGACGGACCUCUCUGAAAAUGCCCGUGUACAUGAGCCUCGUGAUGGAGCUGCAGAAAGCAGCCUUAGGCCCCAGAGCGGAGUCGUGCACCUUCUGCUUGAGCCUCUCGACGCAGCUGCACGAGGGGACCCUGUCUCCAGCAAUCACAUUCAGCUGGACAGGGUGUGUCCGGAUUCUUUAGGGUGUGCAGACACAGAAGUUUAAUCUUAAAAAUGCACGAGGGAAUCAACGGAAAAGGCAGUAUUUUGGGCGAGAUGUCCGGGUUUAUGAAGCAGACAAUGAAGGGAAUGGAACAUUCACACUUGGGCCAAAGGGCAAAGGACAACGCUACAAAGAGACGUCUUUCUAGACUUGCUCAUUAAGCCGUACCUGUUCACCACAAAACACUUAUUGGAAGAGACAAACCACAACUUGCCCUGAACUUAACCAAUCAAUGAGAGUCCGCUGCUCUGGAAUGCGUCCAUGGAAAAAACCUCUAUGAUGUCAUCCGACAGGAAGUGGGGUCCUUUGAUGAGCCCGUUGAGUAGAAGAAAGGCGGCUGCUGUAGUGCCUGCGGCGGGUCUUUGGCUUUGAGGAGGGCCGCUGGACCGACAGACCUCUGCGGGUGGAACAAAUGGCUUUUUUGUCGCAUUGCAUGAGGAUGCUGGUUUACGUUGCAUCAAAAACGUCCAUUUAACAGAGCGCUUGCUUGUCUAGAAAUGCGUUUGAUUUAUAGUGUGGAUUUUUGAUGUUUUACAACUCGCUUGAUGACUUUUAUCCUUAUGGAGUGCUAACCUUGUGCCUUAGAUGGUAUUGAGACAUGAUCUUCUUUAGAUGGUCUUAUGGUUCGUAUAUUAGGACUUGGAGUUGGUAUGGUUCAAAUCUGCCUUAUGUUUUAUUUUGAAUCCUUUUAUUGACUUUGACUGUCUAACGUACAGUGCCGAGUGUGGGAUCCAAAAGUCUGACUAAAAUAAACCCAGCUAAAGUCACUUUUUUGUAAAAUAUAACCAAUAUUUAAUAUUGACUGAGUAAAGUUUAAUGUGAAAUCAAUAAUUGCAAUCAAACUUUGAUGCUCACAAUUGCAUAGACUUUAGCUUAGAUUUCAGAAAAUGUUAAGCAACAUUAUGACAUGAAAUAAGAUAGAUAACAAAUAUUGUGGUGGGUUAAGAAAUAUGUAAAAUUCUUAAGAAGUUAUCUAGGUCACAAAUCAAAUGUAAGCAAGUUUGUGACACUACCCAGGUUAACUUAUUUGUACUAAAGGGCAAAUUUCUUCCAGCACACAAGAUGCUAUGUGAAAAAUUCUCAAGUCAUGCUGGAAUAACAUAGCUCAUCAGGUUUUGAGUAAACAUAAGGCCAUGCAAGUGCAUGUUGUCAUAAAAACAAAUGCAUAUUUUUCUCAUCCAUCUCUUUAUUUAAAUUGUUUGGUGAAAAUAUAACAAUAAAAAAUGACAUUAGAAAAGUAUUACCGACAGUGCUAUCAGACUUUUGGACCCCGCUGUACAGUAUAUAGAGUAAUGCUCUCUCAUACACAAAGAUUUAGACUCAGGGAAUCAGAUCUGUAUCUGAGAAUAGUCUGUAAUUAGGUCAUUGGUCCAUGCGUGUUUCCAACCACAUUUAUUUCCUCAGUUUGACCGUGCACAUGGAUAAAAACAUGCUCACACACUCACAACAAGAGCGGAUUGUUUCCUGGAUAAUAGCGAGAGAUCCAGAGAGCAUGAGAAAGGAGCGUGCAUGAUAAAGAUGUUACACCAAAAUGACUCAUGGCCCAUAAUUCAAUUUGACAAAGACAAGCAUCUCUCAUGUGUCUGUUGCUCUUCUCACUGUAGCUUAAUAAGAUUUGGGUCAUGACAUUAAGUCUAUUGGACGGGCUAAGUAAACAUAUCAGAAUAGGAAUAACUUUAUCCUUUGUCUUAAAGGCAUUGUUCAUCCAAAAAUGAAAAUUCGUCAGCAUUUCUUUACACUUAUUUCGUAAAACACUUUACCUUUAUUUGACAUCUAAGGCAAACCAUUUCACAAUUUUAGUUAA